AUGGACAAACUUGAUGCUAAUGUGAGUUCCAAGGAGGGUUUCGGGUCAGUGGAGAAGGUCGUGCUGCUCACGUUUCUCUCGGCAGUUAUCCUGAUGGCUAUCUUGGGGAACCUGCUGGUGAUGGUGGCCGUGUGCAGGGACAGACAGCUGAGGAAAAUAAAAACCAAUUAUUUCAUUGUGUCUCUCGCCUUUGCGGAUCUGCUGGUGUCAGUGCUCGUGAUGCCCUUCGGUGCCAUUGAUCUCGUUCAAGACAUCUGGAUUUACGGGGAGAUGUUCUGCCUUGUCCGGACAUCUCUGGAUGUCCUGCUCACAACAGCAUCGAUUUUUCACCUGUGCUGCAUUUCUCUGGAUAGGUAUUAUGCCAUCUGCUGCCAGCCUUUGGUCUAUAGGAACAAGAUGACCCCUCUGCGCAUCGCAUUAAUGCUGGGAGGCUGCUGGGUCAUCCCCAUGUUUAUCUCUUUUCUCCCUAUAAUGCAAGGCUGGAAUAACAUUGGAAUAAUUGAUUUGAUAGAAAAAAGGAAGUUCAAGCAGAACUCUAACUCUACGUACUGUAUCUUCAUGGUCAACAAGCCCUAUGCCAUCACCUGCUCCGUGGUAGCCUUCUACAUCCCAUUUCUCCUCAUGGUGCUGGCCUAUUAUCGCAUCUAUGUCACAGCUAAGGAGCAUGCUCACCAGAUCCAGAUGCUACAACGGGCAGGAGCCCCCACAGAGGGUAGGCUCCAACCAACAGACCAGCAUAGCACUCAUCGCAUGAGGACAGAGACCAAAGCAGCCAAGACUCUGUGCAUCAUCAUGGGCUGCUUCUGCCUUUGCUGGGCUCCAUUCUUUGUCACCAAUAUUGUGGAUCCAUUCGUAGACUAUACUGUUCCUGGGCAGGUGUGGACUGCUUUCCUCUGGCUUGGCUACAUCAAUUCUGGGUUGAACCCCUUUCUCUACGCCUUCUUGAAUAAGUCUUUUAGACGUGCCUUCCUCAUCAUCCUCUGCUGUGAUGAUGAACGCUACCGAAGACCUUCCAUUCUGGGCCAGACUGUCCCCUGUUCAACCACAACCAUUAAUGGAUCCACACAUGUGCUAAGGUACACGGUUCUGCACAGUGGACACCAGGAACUCGAGAAACUGCCCAUACACAAUGACCCAGAAUCCCUGGAAUCAUGCUUCUGA